AUGUCGCGGGCAGCUACGCCCCUGAACGCAGACGCGUGCCGCGUGUGUGGCAAAGAGGACGACGAGGAGUUCUUGGUCUUAUGUGACGGCUGCGACCGCGCCUUCCACACCGCCUGUCACCAGGGCUGCACCUGCUGCAUGACCAAACCGCGCAACAACUUUGCACGCAAGCCAGCGGUACCUGAAGGCGACUGGUUCUGCAAGUUUUGUGCCGGCCGCAUUCCUGCUCUCGACAAGGGGAAACCACCCGUAUCUUCGAUUUUUGUGUGGGGGGACAAUGAAGAUGGGCAGCUGGGACUUCCAGACACAGAGGCCAAGGUAGUCUGGCAACCCACAAAGGUGCAUGAACUCGAUGGUAUUGGUGUCCUGGACAUUGCUUGCAGCGAAACGAGCACGUUCGUGCUCGGCAACGACACCAACUUGUACUCUGUGGGUACGGGACUGUGCGGCCAGUUAGGACACCAGGACGUUGUGCACGAGAGGCUGCCACACUUUCGUUUGCUGGAAUCCAUGACGGAAGAUAAACGGUCCAAGGGUGAAGGAAGAUUCGCACAGAUCCAUGCAGGCGCUCACUUUGGUGUGGUCGUUACGACUGCAGGACAUGCCUAUACGUGGGGGAAUGGCGAGCAUGGACAACUAGGUCACCAGGAGAACAAGAAUAAGAAAGUGCCUAAGAAGGUUUCUGCCUUGAGAGAACUUGAAGUGCCAGUCGACCUGACUGCAUGUGGAAGCGACUUUGUCAUCAUGACGACUAAAGACCCUGGUGAUGACGACCAGUUUAACACGAACAGACCGGGUGUCUUCAUGAGCAUGGGAUCCAAUACUCAAGCGCAAUUGGGCGAUGCAUCCAAUAAGAACCAGUGGGUCCCGCAGCUCCUCAACAACGACGCCCCGGACGUUACUAGCAGCGAAAAUGCAGACAUUGAAGAGCCCGCUGAGUUCCUAUUAGGUCGUGACAUUACGCAGCUGGCUGCAGGUGGAUCGCAUGCUGUCGCUGUCGUUGCUGGAACGAAUGGGAUUUGGACGUGGGGUUAUGGAGAUCGUGGUCAAGUCGGGCAUGAAAAGUCAGCUUCUCCUCCGGGGGAGUCGAAGUUUUUCCGCUCACAAUUUCGUGUACCUCGACCGCGCUUUGUCCAGGCCUUUCGAAACGAUCAGGUCACAUCCGUUGCGUGUGGUGCCCAGCACACGCUCGUGCUCUUGCAGGAUGGACGUCUGUUUGCUAUGGGCGAUAACGAAUUUGGUCAGCUUGGCACAAAACGUGGCGACGAGGCAGAGACGAAUUGCACGUCGACGCCUGUGCGUGUCACUACGUUUGGCUCUGACAAGAACCUCAAGCAAAUCGGCUGUGGCCACGACUUUUCGAUGACGCUCACGACCACCGGUGAAGUGUACUCUUGGGGUCGUAACCAGCUUGGACAGCUGGGUCUGGGUGAUUCGCAGCCUGGUUCCCUAGACACGCCUACCAAGGUGUCCGAGCUUCCGCGUAUUCAGAAGCUGGCAAUCGGUGUGAAUCAGGUCUUUGCCAUUGAAUUCACUGACGUGACGCUCCCACCUCCCAUUGUCCGCGUUGCUUUACCCGCCAAGAGGAGCCGACCAAGUGGAAUCGGUGCCAAUAGAUCGAAGAAAAGUCGAACGUAA